AUGGGAUCGGGCAACACUUGUGUGAUCGACUUGAAAUAUAAUGAAAUCAAUCAUACAAAUGAAAUCGAGGACAUUUUCGCAGUUACGGACAGGACAAAGUCGACUGCAGCUACGAAAUGCAACGGGCAAUCGAGCAGAGGCCACGCCGUGAUCGAACUUGCAAUCCAAUGGCUUGACAAGACUUCAGGAGCUUCUCAAACCGCCUGCCUGCAUCUGGUCGAUCUUGCUGGCUUUGGAAAGUCGAGGAAUCCGAACUGUAUCCGAUGUCAGCUGAGCAAGAAUCAGCACAUACCAUAUCGUAAUUCGAAGCUGACAGUGAUUCUGCGUGACAGCCUUGGAGCUGGUAAUUCGAAGACGAUGAUCAUCACAGCUCUGCAUCCGGCUGCAACUCAAAUUGCGGAAAAAACGAAGUUUGGAGUUUGCUCAGCUGAUGAGCAUGACCAAGAUUGGCUCCGCAAAGAAGCAAGAGCAAUGAAAUCAUCAAACUUCGAUCAACGUUCCGCUGAUGACAUUUUGGCAAAAUACCAACCAGCCGCUGCACAGUUCCCAGAUGAGGUUCAACCACCAGUUGAACUAGCUUCAUCAGCCUCAGAAAGUGCACCAUCCGAGCAAGUGAUCACGUAUUAUUCACCUGAUAAUCUCACGGAAUGCAGACUCCUUCGCAUCAACAGAUGGCACGAUUGCCGAUUUGUCUUUCUCUGCUUCCAAAGCCAUUUGAAUAAGUAUUCAACAUGUUGUCCUCAAGGGCGAUAG